AUGAGGGGCAGGUCGGCUCUGAUCUCCCGAGGUGCUGCUCCUGCUCCGACGCCGCCUGGGGCUGCUUCUGGGCCAUCUACUGCCCCUCCUUCUGCUCCCGGAGCCCCCGCGCCCGCGCCCCAGGCUGGGAGGCUCCCGGGCUUCAAGCUUAGCAAGAGGAGGGUGGACUUCACCGCGGUGGACCAGGUGACGCCUGCGGCGAAGAAGAGGAAGGAGGAGGCGGUGGUGCUGCUCGGGACCAACCCGCCUGCUCUGGCUGCGUCUCCCUCCUUGGAGAGGGGCAGCGUUCGCGCUCAUGCCUCUCCGGCUCGGUCGUCCUCACGAGGCCUGGGGGAGAAUCCUCGGGAGGAGUCAGCCCCCGUGGCCCCGCUGGCUCUGGAGGCACCGGUGUCCGGCUCCGCUGCUAAAGUCUCCAAGGCUCAGAAGCCCCCAGUCUCGCAGGCUAUGGUGACGAUACCUUCUCCUCCUCCUCCUACUGCACCGCUGAUUCCAAGUCCUUCCGCCUCCCCUAACGUCUUGGAAUCCGCUCUUUCUGAGAUGACCCGACUGCGAGAAGAUCUUCAGGGCGCCGACCCCCUCCUGGUGGCUGGGCGCCUGAAGCUAGUCUCUGGCUGGCUCCAGUCUGACGUAUCCAUUUGGGCGGUGCUGAGCCAGGCCAUGUCGACCUCCGAGAAGGAGAAGCAGGCCGCCGCCCAAGCAGCGGCUGCUUGCGAGGCGGCGCUGAAGGAUGUUGAGGCCGCCCAGGAUCACUGCCGGGCGCUGGAGGCCAACCUGAAGACCCUGCGCAACGAGCGUGCAGAAGAAGCCCGCGUCUUCAGCCACCUACAUCUUCGCGAUCCUGCCGCCCACCUUGACGAGCUGCUGGAGCCUGUGGACGACGAGCACUACGCAGCCGCAGCCGUGAAGGGUCAGGUGGAGGCUCUGCUGAAGAAGUUCCGCGCCUUCGCUCCCGCGCCUUUGACCGGCGAUGCUACUGCUCCUGCAGCCCCGGCCGGUGCUACAGGUGAAGGCGACACCACCAAGGAAGGAGCGCCUCUUGCGGGUGCCGGCGAUGUCCAAGGAUGA